CUCGUCAGCAUGCCUACCUGUAAGAUUCGGAUACUUAAUUACUUGUUCCGUUAACAAACAAUUGUUUUAACAAUAGGCUCAUCAGUUAAAGUUUGCUUCAAAUUGAUUAGAUCUUUACUAAUAAGGUGUGAGCAAAAUUUCUCCAGUAAGAGAUUUUGAACUUUGGUCGGUUGACCGCCAGUGGACAGUGUACUUUUGGUGAAAUCUAUGGCUUCUGGAGCCAUGUGCCUGCAUGAGCAUGCCGGGAAAAUUAUGUUCUUCAGACACAGGAUGAUUCUGGUGGAUAAGUUCGAGCUUUGUGAUCUUGUACUUUAUUACAGAUUCAGCCGGGUCGUAUGUAAACCGAAUUUCAACCGGACAACCAUUUGCCAUGAUGUGUUAAUUGAGCCUUUUGCCCUUGUGUGCACGCGAGAUUUGAGUUCCAAAAUGCAGACAGAUAUAGAUGAAUUCCUCCUCGAGCUGCUUGAUAAAGGCAACUAUAUCUGCAUGGGUAUCGAAAGUCCUCGCUUUGGUGAGAGAAUCAAGAAGCGAAAUUCUUGGAUGACAAACAAAACGCUAUUGAAGAUCGCCAUGCGACUUUUCCCCCACCAAUUGUAUGGAGACAUGGUGACAACAUAAAUGAAACAAGCAUAACUUGAGUCUUCCGACUUCUGCACGGCCUCGUUGAUGGAAGCCGCCGUUCAAAGGGAAUAGGAUGGGGGGUCUUUUCUUCUCUUUUGGUCUUUGUCUCAUCCCGCUGGCCGCUACCAUUGGUUAAUUAUCAUUAAAAUUUUUUUUGCGUAACUGACAUUGUUCCUGUUGUAAUUAAACAACACGGGCACAGCAUUCAAGGGCAUCCUUGUAGAGGUAAGAAAAAACCAUAUCUCAACUUUUCGGCUGCCAUGUUGAGAACAAUAAAAUUGAUCAUCCUGCCCUCCCGUUGAUUCUUUUUACUGUGGAACGCUAUAACGUCAAGACGUUUAUAACUGGAAAGCGUUUAAUAAUGCCCUUGCGUUCCCCCCUAGUCCGAAGUGCGGGUUGCUUUUUUGUGCCUUAUAUUGAGAUGUCAUGGAAUUUAAAAUGAGUUUGGAAACAUUUCCUGACUCGACUAAAUAUUUAUUUCGUUAUUCGAAACAUGGUAUAUAAAGGGUUCACAUAGGGAAGGUUGACUUUGUCCACCUUUCAUCCCAUGU